AUGUUCGCAAUAGUAUUCCUCUAUCUCACACUUUCAUCUUUAGGAACAGAUCCUUGCUAUUCCAAAGAUACAGACAAGAAAUGCAUCAAAGAUAGUACAACAACGACAAAAUGUUCAGGUACAGUCACUAUAUCCGCUGCUGAUGCAAUGCCACUUUGCGUGGAUGCUUUUAAGGACAACACUGGUAUCACCAGUUUUGUUUAUGAAGGAACUGAUAAAUUGGAAAUUGGGGCAAAUGCAUUCAAAGGAGCAACCAAAUUGUCAGCAUUCACUGCGAAAGCUGGAAUCAAAACAAUUGGAGCCAGUGCAUUUGAAGGAGCAGCUGUUUUGACAAAAAUUGAUGUAAGUGGAGCAACUGAAAUACCAGCAAACGCCUUUAAGGAUUGUGUAUUAUUGGAUACUCUCACUGGUACUGAGGCUAUUACUACUGUCCAGGCAGCCGCCUUUUCUGGUUGUGUUAAACUCACUUCAGUUAACUUCUAUGCUCCUUUGGUCACUCUUCUCGACCAAAUGACAGCCCAAACAAAUUUUUUCUUCCAUGGAAAAGUCCAACCAACAACUCUUCCAACCACAACAUCUCCAAUUAAUGCAAAUUUGAAAGUCUAUGUUCAAGAUUCUUACUUGGCUACUACUUUUGGAACUCUUGCUGUAUUAAAAGCUCAUUGCAGUACUCUUCAAUGUGUUGAUGUUACUCCAGCAACACCAGAAGUCCCUCCAUCUAGUGGAAAGAUGGCUGAAAGUCCCAAAUGUAAGGAUUGUGAUGUUAAAUUAAUGAGUGUUGAUGGUAAUAACUAUUAUUGUGAAAUUGAUAUGACUGAGUGUAUUUCAACUCAUGAAAACUGCAGAAUUUGCCUUGAUGGUAAAUGCACCAAAUGUGGAACAACUGCACAGUAUUUGGAAAAUGACAAAUGUGUAACUGACUGCGCAGAAGGUAAUUAUAAAGACACGAUCAACUCCGUUUGUGAAAAAUGUGACACUGGUUGUAAAACAUGUACUGAAAAGGGAAAAUGCACAAGCUGCCCAGAAGGUCACUUGUUGCUUGAUGAUACUAAAAAAUGUACCACUGAUGCCAAUUGCCCGGCUGGAUAUUAUAAAGAUAACACAAAUUGCAUGAAAUGUUCUAUAACGGAUUGUGGUGAAUGUACUUCAAAGACAGAAUGCACAAAAUGCACAAAAGGAAAUUUGAUUAAAGACAAAACUAAAUGUGAAGCCAAUUGCCCAGAUAAAUUCUACCCUGUUAACAAUGUUUGCACUGAUUGUGAUACUACUUGCAAAAAAUGUACCGAAGCUGGAAAGUGCACAGAAUGCCCAGAUAACACAUUUUUGAUUGAAGACACCAAAAAGUGUACCACCAACUCCGAAUGCCCAGCUGGAUACACAAAGGAUACUGCAAACAAAAAGUGCUUCAAAUGUGAUGUUUCGUGUAAAACGUGCAAGGAUUCAAAUACAUGUGAAACAUGUGCUGACACUUAUUUGUUUGUUGAAGACACAAAGAAGUGUGUGAAGGAUAAAUGUCCAGAAAACUACUUCACCAUGGAUAAGACAUGCAAAGCCUGUAUGUCUGGUUGCAAAACUUGCACCAAAGUAGACGACUGCUCUGCUUGUAUAACUGGAAAACUGUUUGAGGAAGGAACAAUGAAAUGUGUCGACAAUUGUGAACUUGGAUUUUUCAAGAAGAAUGACACCAAUUGUGACAAAUGCUCGGAAAAAUGCGAGAAGUGCUCUGUCCUUGAAAUUUGCGACAAGUGUGUUGAUGGUUCUUUAAUGAGUGAUAAAAAGUGUGUUAACAUGUGCCCAGAAGGUACGUUUGAAAAAACUGGAGUCUGUGAGAAAUGCAAAGACAAAAGUGAGUACAAGACUCCAUGCACAGAUAAAGAGUGUGAAAUGUGCACUGCUUCGGGUGCUUUUGCGACAUUAAUUAUGUUUGCAGUUGCACUCUUUGUGAUGUUCUAA